AUGGGGACGGAGAUAUUAAUAAAGAAGUGGGGUACAUGGGAGGAACUGUUACUGGGUGGGGCCGUGAUCCGGCACGGUACACGAAACUGGAAUUUGGUUGCCUCGGAGCUCCGUGCCCGAACCGUUAAUUGCCCGUAUACUUUCACACCUGAGAUAUGUAAAGCAAAGUAUGAGGACUUGCAACAACGUUAUUCGGGAUGCAAAGCUUGGUUUGAAGAGCUGCGGAAGCAAAGAAUGAUGGAGUUGAGGCGAGCUUUAGAACAAUCUGAAGGCUCAAUUGGGUCACUGGAAUCAAAACUUGAAAUUCUCAAGGCUGAGAGAAGGGAGGAUUGUCAUGUCAGUUAUGACUCCAGCCAGACAGAAUCACCUGUACCAUUUCAGAGAUGUGGAGUCGAGUCAUCCAGUAGAGAGACAUCUAAGGAUGGACUAUCUGCUGGUAGUUUUACUCAGGACACAAUAACAAAUUGGGCUCCUGAAUGUCGAAUUCCAACUUCUGUGCCAGCUGCAGAAGUAGAGAUUAAGCCAGAAGUUUUAAUGUCUCCUGAAGAGAAAAAAGGUUUGAGCAUAUGGAAGCUGUCAGAUAGCAUAUUUGCAGGACAGAUAAGUGGUUUAAAAAGAAGGAGAGGGAAGCGAAAGCGGAAAGAUUGUAAUAAGGAUGUAAAGGAAGGGAGUGUUGGAGAAAGUGAGUUUUUGGGGUCAGCCGAAGUUUUAUCUGCUACUCGCUGUAAAGAUAAUUCUACUAGCACCUCUGGUCAAAUUGCAAGAUGUUCUAGUAUUGGUGAUCGAUCCAAAGGUUCGAGCAAGGAUGUGGUGGAUGUCAGGGUGAUUUUUGAUUCUAUUGCAGAGAACAAAUGUGCCUCUGUGUUUUGUCGGCGUCUUGAUAGCCAGAAGAGAGGAAGAUAUAAGAAAAUGAUCUUGCAGCACGUGGAUAUUGAUACCAUAAGAUCAAGAAUUGCAAGUGGCUCCAUUACAACAGCUAAAGAAGUCUUUCGGGAUCUGCUUCUACUUUCUAACAAUGCAUUGGUCUUUUAUUCCAAGACUACUCGUGAAUACAAAUCUGCAUUGCUUCUGAGAGACAUCGUUACGAAAAGUCUGCAGCAGAAUCUUAAGAACUAUAUUACCAAGGCCACCAUUACCUUUCUCUCAACCACGUCACCUUUGCUUAACCCUCCUGUUAAAGCUCGAAGUGCUCGUCCUGGUAAUGGGAAAUCGUCAGGAAAGGUGACAAAAGCUGCGAAGCUUGUUGCUAAAACUCCAAACACGGGUAAAAGACCAAAUAAUGCCAAUUCACGUCCUUUAGCAGAAUCUUUCGCCUUGAGAGAGAAAGGCUCACAUUCCCCUCCUUUAGCAGAAUCUUCAGUCCUCAAAAAGAAAAGCUCACAUUCCCAUCCGUCAGCAGAAUCUUUAGCCAUGAGAAAGAAGGGCUCUAGCCGACCAAGAAAAACUGGACAAAGAAGUACUACCCAACGCUUCCAAAGUCCGCCAAAAGGAAGGAAGAGAUCUCGGGUUAAGUGA